UCAUGGUGGGUGGUGGUGGUGGCGAUCCUCUACUGGUAGAUGGAAGCCGACGAUGACGACGUCGUUUUCCCAGUGGCGGAGCCUCUGGCUGGUGUUCCGCUCGCCGACGCGCCCAUUCUCUUGUUCGUUUGCUUCCACAAGGCUCUGCGCUUGGAGCUCGCCCAGCUCCGCCGCGAUGCGGUGAAGGCAUCGGAGGUGGCGGAGAACGGAUCCCACGGCCGCGAGCUGGUGCUCAAGCUCCGGGGGAGGUUCGAGUUUCUGAACCUUGUGUAUAAAUACCACAGCGCUACGGAAGAUGAGGUUAUCUUUAUUGCACUUGAUGUACAUGUUAAAAAUGUGGCAUGCACAUAUUCACUGGAACAUGAAAGCAUUGAUGACCUCUUUGAUUCUAUUUUUCAUUGCUUGGAUGUUCUAUUGGAGGAAAAAUGUAAUAUUUCCAAGGCUUUUCAAGAACUCAUUUGUUCCAUCAGCACCAUUCAGGCCUCAAUUUGCCAGCAUAUGGUGAAAGAAGAAGAGCAGGUUUUUCCAUUGCUGAUGCAGAAAUUCUCUUCCAAAGAACAGGGUUCACUUGUGUGGCAGUUCAUAUGUAGUGUUCCAGUAAUGCUGAUAGAAGAAUUUUUUCCAUGGAUGAUCUCCUUUCUUUCUCCGGAGGAACAACUGGAUGUUACUCAUUGUAUAAAAGAAAUUGUACCCAGAGAAAAAUCAUUGCAAGAGGUGGUGGUUUCUUGGCUUGGAAACAAUAAUCAACCCUCCUCUGGUAUCCACAUUAGGACUGUAAAAGGUGUUCAAUGUCCUGAUGGAUCUGCAGAUAUGAGAAGGAUAGUCAAAUUGCAUUCAUCUCGAAAUGUCGGAAACAAUCCGAUUGAUUGUCUUAGUCUUUGGCAUGGUGCCAUCAUGAAAGAUUUUCAAGAAAUUCUGGAAGAGCUAUACCAAUUAAGAAGCUCAAGCAGUUUUUCAAAUCUACAUUUAAUAAUCAUCCGGCUAAAAUUUCUUGCUGAUAUCCUUAGCUUCUACAGCAAUGCCUUGAAGAAAUUUUUUUACCCUGUAUUAAAUCAACUUGCCAAUGGCUGCCUGUCUCCCUCCAUUGAAGAAUUUCCCUUUGCAAGUCAAAUUGAAGGUCUACAGCUGCUGCUACAAUACAAUGGCCAAAAUGGUAUACCUUUGUGCAAGUUUCUGGAGAAGCUUUUCACAAAGCUUGAGUCUUUCGUGCUGGGAGUUAGAAAACAGUUUGCCUUUCAAGCGAGGGAGGUCUUUCCAAUUAUUAGCAAGAAAUGCUGCCAUGAAAUGCAACAGCGACUUAUGUACAUGAGCCUUAAUACAAUGCCACUUGGGUUGCUAAAGUGCGCAAUUACUUGGUUUUCAGCUCAUUUAUCUAGGAAUGAAUCCAGGUCCAUUCUUCGCAGCAUAAAGCAGGGAGAUUCUUUUGAAAAUAAAUCUUUUGCAUCCCUCAUACGGAAGUGGUUUCAACUUGGUUAUUCAGGAAAGAUCUCUAUCGAAAAAUUCAGAGAGGAUUUGCAGAACAUUUUCAAGAACAGAUGCUCUUUUCUAUCUGAGCAAAUCAAGGAAACUUCUGGAUCUUCUUCCUUACACUCAGAUAUGCAACUUCCUGAAGGAUCUAACCCUAGGCCAACUGAGGGCAAGAACUGUUUUUCUUCAUCUUCUAGCCCCCACACUGCAAAGAAGUAUGAGACCUCGUACUCCAGUGCAAUCAAUUUGCACGUAUUUUUCCCCAAAACAAUAAAGAUGGUGCAUCCUUUUCCUGGUGAUAAGAGUUGUUCUAGUUCCAUUAUCAAUGAAUCAAAACCAGUGGACCUCAUCUUUUUCUUCCACAAAGCUCUCAAGAACGAUUUGGAGUACCUUGUCUUUGGCUCAGCUCAGUUGGCUGACAAUGUAGGCCUCCUCAUGGAUUUCCGUCGGCGCUUCCAUCUCAUACGUUUUCUGUUUCAGAUCCAUAGUGACGCAGAGGAUGAGGUUGCUUUUCCAGCUUUGGAGGCAAAGGGGAAAGUACCAAACAUUAGCCACUCCUAUACCAUUGACCACAAACUGGAAGUUGACCACUUCAGUAGAAUUUCACUUAUUUUAGACAAGAUGUAUGAAUUGCAAGUUUCAGUUUCUAGUGUUGAUUCUAAUACACUGGAUCAGAGAAUGGUGAAGCAUCACCGGCUGUGUGGGAGGCUGCAUAACAUGUGCAAAUCAAUGCAUAAAUUACUCUCCAACCAUAUUCACCGCGAAGAAGUUGAACUUUGGCCCUUAUUUAGAGAAAACUUCUCCAUUGAUGAGCAAGAAAAGAUCAUAGGACGCAUUCUUGGAAGAAUAAGUGCAGAAGUAUUGCAAGAUAUGAUACCCUGGCUGAUGGCAUCUUUAACAGAUGAAGAACAGCAUGUUACGAUGUCCUUAUGGCGCAAGGCUACAAAAUGUACAAUGUUUGAUGAUUGGUUAGGAGAAUGGUCAGAAGGAUAUAAUAUAGCAAAGGUGCCAGAGGAAUCAAGUAUCUCCCCUUCAUGCACUGCAGAUCCACUAGAGAUUAUUUCAACAUAUCUGUCUAAAGAAGUCCUUGACAAACAAAAAAGAGGAACGCUUGAAAAAAGCAGUGAUUUUCCUCAAAGAGAUUGUGUUGAUGAAAAUAUUGAGCCAUUUAGAAACUGCAAUGUGGAUGAUAAAGAAAAGGUCCUCAAUAUAGAUCAAAAUAACCACGACUGUUCAGAAUGUACAAAACUUUUCAGUGACAGUGACAAGAAGAGACGCAAUGAAGUAACAGGUGUCACAGAUCAUACGGAUAAAUCGGAUCAAUUGUUUCAAGGACCAAAGAACUCUUGGCACUGCGAACACCUUCUAACAACAAGUCAAGAAGAUCUGGAGGCUGCAAUAAGAAGAGUAUCCGGUGAUUCUUCCUUGGAUCUGCAGAAAAAAUCAUAUAUAAUCCAGAAUCUGCUAAUGAGCCGUUGGAUUGUUGGACAACAGAUAUCUCAUUCUGUCCCAAGUAAUGGGGAAGAUAUUCCUGGUCACCUUCCAUCUUAUCGGGAUCCUCUCAAACUAACCUUUGGUUGCAAACACUACAAGAGGAGCUGUAAGCUUUUUGCUGCCUGUUGCAACCAGCUCUAUACAUGCAGACAUUGCCAUGAUGAGGUGGCCGACCAUUCUGUAGAUAGGAAAUCUAUUAAAAAGAUGAUGUGCAUGAAGUGCUUGAAAAUUCAACCGAUUGGGCCGAAAUGCUCCACUGUUUCCUGUGAUAAUUUAUCCAUGGCAAGAUAUUAUUGCAAGAUCUGCAAGUUAUUUGAUGAUGCAAGAGAAAUCUAUCACUGCCCUUACUGUAACCUGUGCCGAGUUGGGAAGGGAUUGGGCAUUGACUACUUCCACUGCAUGAAUUGCAAUGCUUGUAUGUCACGUUCUCUUUCAGCUCAUAUAUGCAGGGAGAAAUGUUUAGAGGAUAACUGCCCCAUAUGCCACGAAUACAUCUUCACAUCCAGCUCUCCAGUGAAGGCCCUUCCAUGUGGUCAUUUAAUGCACUCAACAUGUUUUCAGGACUACACCUGUAGUCACUAUACCUGCCCAAUCUGUUGCAAGUCACUUGGAGACAUGCAGGUAUAUUUUAGAAUGUUAGAUGCAUUGUUGGCUGAAGAUAAAAUUCCAGAUGAGUAUGCUGGAAAAACUCAGGUCAUACUAUGCAAUGAUUGUGAGAAGAAAGGACCUACACCCUUCCAUUGGCUUUACCACAAAUGCUCUUAUUGUGGUUCAUUCAAUACUAGGCUUCUAUGAUUCUGUUUCUUAGCGAGUGGCAAUAAUUGCUUCAUCAUGCUAUAAAUAAUCCAUAUUUUACCCCUUGGGUUUGAGUGGAAGUACAUUGUAAUAAACAUCUAAAAUUUCAU